GUGCAGGAACGUUGUUGGGUGGUGUGGUGGUGGCGGUGGUGGUGGCGUGGAGUCGGGCGAAAGGGAAAAUGGUCGAGCGAACACUUUUUUUUCUCCCCCAUUUAGAGCCAGGUUUUUUGACACGGCAGUCGUUCGAUCGACUUCCAUUUGUCUCCGAGCUUUCCGCCGACUAACGUCCGCCGAGUAUAACACCCGGUGUGCAUAUAUAUCUCUCGCGAAGAUGCGCGUCGAUCGUUUCAAUCUCACCUGAUCUGAGUCGCAUGUGCAUACGUACAAUCGCCGUGAAUACAAUCGUCGUUAAUCGUUCGAUCUCGGUUGUUCUCAGUGAUCAUCGAGACGACUUUUCCGGAUCGAAUGUGCAAAAAAUCGUAAUUGUAUAUAAAAUAAAUAUAACGGAUAAUUAAUUUUUCUAACUCGUUCCUCGAAAUCGUUUAAAACCAUAGUUCCGAGUCGGUAAACUAUAUAAUAGUAAUAAUAAUAAUAUCGUGAUCCUUGUGAUUGAAUAACCUGUGAUAGAAAAGAAAGGGAGGGUGUAGGAGGAUCCGUGACAGGCCAGGUGAACUGAAAUGAAACAUUGGAUCAGGCUGGUCUAAGAAGCCGCAAGAAUGGUGGGGAGAUUUUCGUGGUGUACGACGGUGGUUGCAUUGGUGGUGCUGCUGCUUUUCGUCACAACCGAAGGUCUUCGUGAACGUAGUCAGCUCGACGAUCCUAAAACCACAAAUCGUGGAACGUUGAGGUAUCAUUCCAAAUCAUUGGAAGAAGCCACAACCGCAUCAACCUCAACAUCGAGAUCCAGAACAGCUCGUGACAGAUCAGUUCAAUCAAAGAGAUUUUCCAAUUUGGAAAGAUCAAACGAAGUAUCGACCCAACCAUCCGUGAUCGAUUUCGAAUCAAAAUUCGACUCGACCAAGAAUUCGAUCGUAAGAACAACCAGAACCACUGAAAGGGACAUCUCUGCCACAGAAAUUAAAAAUGAUUCGAGAAGAGCCUCCUCCAGGAAGGUAACAGAGAACGUUAAAAGCGUAGAUUCACCGAUUAAUAGAAGGAAUGGGAAAAGAUAUUUCUCCGAAACUAACGAGGAAGCAAAAUUGAAGGAUGACAAUGAUCAAACAAUGGGAACGACAAAAGGAAUCUCUCGAAGAACGUUUAAUAGAAAAUCGAGUAAUUCAAGUACUGAAAGAUUGGACAACAAAGGGCCGUCUGUGUUUCUGGCCACCACAGAAUCCUCGAGAUCUAGAACCGGAAGGAAGAUUCAGACGACUUAUUCCAUGAAGGAUCUGAAAACGCAAAUACCCACUUCCAGAAGAUAUACCAAUAAAAAAUUCGAAGAUGAAACUACCACAGUUUCGUUCAAAAGGGGUAGAUCGACGACAGAAAGGAUUGAGAAGAGUACCAGAUCUGGUAGAUCAAAGGUAAUCAACACCAAAGAGAACAAUUCUAUUCAACGAAGAGGCCCGGAUCCUCUCUUAUCGGAAUCCGAGAGCGUUAGAGUCGACAUCCCUCUGGCGGUCGAUACAACGCAAAAUCCGGUUCCUGACGUGACUACCACCUUUGGCGUAGUAGCUUCUCAGAGAAGAUCAGACGUUAAAGAGUCGUCGAAAUCCAAUGGAAGAACAGGAUCGUCUGAAAGGUCGAAAAAUCGUGGAAGAUUGAACGAUUCUGAGACUGCUGGCUCCUCAAGAUCUGCUUCUCGAAGAGGAUCUUCCAAGUUCAGCGAUUCCACAACGGCAGAGAAUAACGAGCAGAUCGUUAGUUCUAGGAGGAAUACGAUUUCCAGAGAUCGAUCGAGGAGUUCGGAUACCAAGAGGAAUUCAACGACUGAGAGCAGAUCGAGAUCCAGGGGUAGAAAUUUGGAGAAUAAUGGCGCGAAGAAUGGUGGCUCUUUGGAACGAGAUGUGAAACGUAAGGUGGCUGGGGAGAGAAAUUCGGAGAGAAGAUCGAGGAUUUCUGAGGCCGCCACAAGGAUCAUAGAAAAUCAGGAUGGUCAGGAUACGCGAGGAAGAUCGAAAGGAAGAAUGUCGAGAACGGAUACUACCACGCCCAUAAUUACAGAUGUUACCACGAUCGUUGCAUUAGAUACAACAAUUUCUAACAACGACGUAACGACAACCGAUUCUGAAGUAAUGGCUACCACCAUAAAACCAAUUACAUCAACCAGUUCAAGAAUAUCCGUAAGAACAACAUCUUCUACAUCUUCUACGCCAAUCACGGAAUCUUCUGGACGAGGUAGAGGAAGAGGUAGAAAUAGUAGCCAAGGAAGGAAGAGCAAAGAAGAUUUUUUCAAUCACGGAUUGGGAUUCAGGGGUAGGAAAGUUUUGCCCGAAGGAUUCUUGAACGACACGACAGAUUGGAGGAAAUCCUCGAGAAACGAGUUUCAAUCGCAUGGAAAUCCGGGCUGGACUCUAAGAAGGCGUCCAGCUCAUCUCAACAACUUUGAAAAUUCUUCGGGGACGAGUCUACUCUCGGCAAGGGAACAAACGAACGAAGUGAUACCACCGAACGAACAAUCGACCACCGACAUUGUAACGACCGAAAGUUUUAGCAGUAGAAGAGGCUUCAAGAAGCUGCAAACGACGGAGGAGAGCUCGACGAUGGCUGGAACGACGACCAAGAGCUACAGAAGAGGUAAUAAAACCUUUGGACUCAGCAAAACGAUUGCAGAAGACGAGGAGAGUGACAAUUAUCCGCCCGAGUUUAAGGCGAAAUUGAAGAAUAUCAACACGAAAAUACCAGCCCCAAAAACCACUUCUAGAACACCAUUAGAGGAACAGCGGAAGAAUAACUAUGGCAGGCGUUCGAGGAAGAACUCGAUGGCGGUCGAGCCUGAUGACCUCGAAACCGCAGCUUCAGCAAAUAUUUUGACGGAUGAAAGUUUAAUCGUGAAUCCCUUAACGUUGAUUAAUGGCACAGGAUUGCGACGCGUGAAAAAAUCAUCGGCCUCUCUGUUCGCUGAAAGAUCGAGGAAGAAGUUGGAGCUGGCUAGGAGGUUAGUGAAGCCAGAGUUGAACAUCGAGGAGAAUGAUCUCGACGCAACCACGGCCUCCUCUUUCAGCAAACCGAAGCCAACCGGUGUGCCGGUGGUCGAUGAGACGAGCAAGGUCGCCAAAUAUGCCAAGCCAAAGGCAACUGGGGGCCGGAACAGGACUUCGACCCCCUUACAGACCUCUUGGGAAGAGGCGAGCGUGAAAGCCUCGAAACUUUCUAGUCCGAGGAAAGGUCUCGAGGAUUCUUCCAAGGUUACGGGAAGACCGUACAAUUUAAGCAAAGGACGGAUCAUCGGCGAGCAGAUAGUUACCUCGAUCUCGGUCGAAGAAACACCAAUAGAGGAAACGACCAAACCUUACGCGAACUUACCUUACACGAAUCCGUCGAUCAUCGGUUUCGCGGAAGAGGGAGCGGCGACAACCGUCGACUCGACGAGGAUUCGUCCGGGCAACGCUCGUGGAGGGAAGAAAUCGAGGGAAGAGAGCUCGGUGUCGAGCAAGAACGCCAAAGUCUCGCUCUACUCUACCCGACGUGCCGAGGAUAUCGAGCCUGUAACGACUAUCAAACCGAAAAAAUCUUACUUUUCGCGUAACAGUAAAUUGCAGGAACAGUCCACGACGGUAGAGCAGAAUUCCACGACGUCUAAGAAAUCGUACGGGUCCGCGCAAAGAAAAUCGCAAGCGUUUCAGGAAGAGGAUCUUAGCAAGAAAUCUAAGUUUGGUAGCGGCGUGACCAAGCCCACGUUCAGACCUCGUUACAUUAAGCGAACCAAGGAUAAAUUUCUAGACGAGAGGACGACAAUCGAUCAACCUACGAUUAUCACUAAAAUACCGGUACCUACUAGCAGAUAUUCGAGGAAAAAAUCGGCGGUGAAGUCUGUCGAUGAUAAAUCGAAAUCCGUGAUAACGGAGGGAUCGCAAUCGCAAACGAAGAAACUCGAAUUUAGACCUCGAACCGCCACCUAUCGAAGACACUCCGAGGUUCCAACGACUUUAGUCGGAUCUACUCCCAAGAUAGAUGGUGUAGGAGUCGCCAUCACGCCUCGAUCGGCAAAGUAUCAUGCCACGUUGAAGACGUCGACGGUGUCUUCUCAAUCGGUAGGGCAGGAACCGCAAGUAAACUUGAGGAUCGCGAAUGAAUCGGCACAAGAGACGACAGGAAUUACCGGCAGCAGCAACGGAGACAGUGGUAACUCGAAUAUCUUCAAUCCUACGAAAAGCACGAUCCUUGCUGCGAACAACACUCUGUUGGAACAAUUAAGAAGCACGGUGGCACCGUUGUUGAACUCCCUUGGUAACAGGACACCUGUGUUCUCCGGAUCUUACAGUAACGUUAAUAACGCGAAUUCCUCUCCGAGAAUCACCCCUAAUGGACAACCACCCCGCUUUAGCGCGAGAUACAAAGGAGCGGAAUUGUUUGUUAGGAAACAAAAUAACAUUUAUCAGCCCACUGUGCCAUCUGUCACUAGUUCAUCAACUACACCAGUUACACCUAUAGAGAACACUGGUUCGGCACCACCCAUCGAUGUCUCGAAUCCUGGCCAGUCGAAAUUCUUGACCCUUUAUCAGGCGUUGGAGUCGGCCAGCAUCAGGAACGAACAGUUACUGAGAAACAUGAGCGGGCAACAGCAAGAGGGACGACAAGUUGGCAUGGUUCCCCAGGUAGACUCUAACGCCAUCGCCGUUAACGUCACCGGUGAUAAUGCUAACAAUAACGCGACAAGCCCCACCGUAGCGACAACUGGCCCACAGACCCCAGACACCACCUUGAACACUAUUCAGGACAGCACACAGACCCCGAGAUUACCCGAGGACACGGAGAACUCCACCCCCGCGGUAACCACAGGAGCCCCUGAAACCCCUUCGACGACCGAACCGGUUUUCACGAGCACAGAACCGUCCUCUAGUACCGAACAACCGACCUCCACCAGCACAGAAUUGUUCUCCAGUACCGAGCAAGUUUCCACGAGUACAGAUUCGUCCUCCACCGGGGAACAGAUUUCCACAGGCGGCGAUUCGAUGUCCGUGACCGAGCAGACUACUAUAGAGACGAUCUCACGGGUUACAGAUGCAACGACGAUGAGCGUGGGAGGCGCAGAAGACAUCCAGACCUCUGCAAUGGUAGAUAAUGGUAGUUCGAGCACUGAGGAACUCGUAAGUUCAUCCACGGAUAUUUCUGCGACUACGUCUGCCAUGACUACUAUGAAUCCUGUGUCUACGACUCUUAUGAUUACGAGUUCUGCGCCCCAACCUGCUACUCGGCUCGAGGAGAGUUCCACUGUUGGUAGCAAUGAUGCGCAAAGUACAGUGGAACAGUCAACCGUCGGUGAUGUUUCAUCAACGACGAUAGGAGUUUCGCAGGAUACAGUGGAGACUAGCACUGUUACCAGUGCGUCGAGCACGUUCAAAAAUCCUGAGACUAAUACCAUACCUUUCUCUGAUACGAUUGCCACUCAAACAAUCGAUGCCAGCUCGACCGAUGCUCCCACGACAGAAGCAGAUUCGAAUAAUAUGAUCGACGUAGAGACGACUACGGCGAUACCUGUAUCCACGAUUCGAAACAGGUUGAUAGAUUUUGCACAAGAUAUUCUGUCUCGAUUGCAAGCCAGCCUGUCUACCACGGUACCAAGCGUGGAUUCGACCACGUUUUCCCCUGAGUUGACCGAGAUAUCGAAUCAAACGAUAUCAAGUAACAAUCGUAGUUUGGAAUCUUUGUCGCAGAUGAAGGAAGAAACGACUUUGUCGUCCGUCACGAUGGAUCAAUCGAGUUUAAGAAAUGAAGAAAUAACCACUCAGAGCGCAGUAGGUUCAAUUACUACCUCGUCACCCAUUCAAGAAGUCAAUACACGGGACGAUAUCAAUCUAGUCACAACCACGACACUACCAACAACAACAACAACAACAAUAGUUACACAAGAUUCUCAGACAAUUUCGAACACAGAUUCUACAACCGUAGGUGAUUCAAAUAGUUCAACGACUCCCCAAUUAGAUGUUGAAAUGACCACUUCAUCGACGAUCACUUCCACCAAUGAUACUUUAUUAACAGAGUUAAUGUCCAUUGCCAAGACACUCUUUUCGGAAGAGAUGAACGAACAAAUGACAGCAGGGCAAAAUUUAAACGACACGUCUAGUUUGGAAAACGAGGUAGACAGUCCGAAUUUGUCGAAUGUACAACUCAGUACAACCCAAGCUGCAGAAUCGACGUCCGUUUCUCCAGACGUGACGACAGAAAGCACAGAGUCAACAUCUACCGUAUUCUCGGUUGAUUCUUCUCAGAAUGAAGUGGACUUCGCAAAUUCCGUAUCAACAACGGUAUCUUCUGAAAAUUCGUCAGACACAUCUAUAACCACCCCUCGAAACGUGUUUAGCGUCGAUAAUGAGGUAGAAAGUGUACAAACAAAUGGAACCGCAUUAGAAUCUUUUGCUCAAAUCGUAGAAUCAACGACUCCCUCAUUUACGACCGAGAUCGGACCACGAAUCACUCAGUCGAAUACAGAAUCGUUCGAAAAUGGUCUUGAAACUAGUACGACUCGGGCACAGACAACCACCACCAGUACACAAAAUUCAGAAACGAUAUCUAUCACGAAUUCUCAACUAACCACUAACACGUUCGAUUUAAUCACGACGACUGGUCUUCGAACAACCACCGAGAUUACCACCGAACCCGUAAAAACCACUGUGUCAUUAACCAGUUUCACAACUGUACCGCAGCUUGUGACAGAGACAAGUACUAAUCAAUCCGAUAUAACUACCGUAGCUCCUGAAACCACACUUUCCUUUGUAAAUAUGAUCACCACCACACCAUCGACAACCCUCGAUACGAACACAGAGCAAACUACAAUGGCACCUGGCGUAGAAUCGAUUGAAACCGUAAACGGCGUAGAAAAUGUGGAAACUAACCAAGCAAUGUCCACGACAACGCAGUUGGCACCUGUGACUAUGAGCGAAACCACUGAUAACGAAACCCUCGAAGCCACCACGCCAUCGAUUACAACCACUGCGCCCCAGGAUGUUAAUUCCACGGAUGACACGGGAGUAACUACUAACCAGCCCCCGCUAAUAUCGAGUCCAAUGCCCGCCACGGAAAUUAAUACGCCUAGCGAAACAACAAGCGUCCCCCAAACAACCCCGAACCCCGAGAACGAAACUCCAAUUAUUCUUGCCCGUUUCCAGGAUACGACAUCAACAACCGCCCAAGGGACGGCAGGUUCAGGAGUCGGCCAAACGACCGAGAUCACUACUCCCACGAUCCAAGAUUCCUCGACCGUCCCAUCAUCCACAUUCGAAUCCUCCGCUUCCUCGUCGCUUUCCACCGACUCGACCGUUUCGUCUUCGGUCGAGACGACCACGACCACGACCACGACGACGAUGACGAGUACAGAACGCGUUCCUGACGGUGGAACGUCCACGCUUCAAACGACGAGAAUGGACGUGUUCACCGUCACCCCGGUGACGGAGACUACUACCACGGUUCCGACUACCACUGUCAAUAUAGAAGAGAAUCUGAUCUCCACUGGUCCCACUUCGACGACGGAAACCACGACCACUACCGUGUCGUCGGUGAUCAAUGGCCAAGGUGGUACGAACGACGCCACGAGUAUCGCUCCCGAAAGUACUACUAGCUCUGAAACGACUAAUGCUGCGACGACGAUCGCAUCAUCGACGAGUCCUUCGGCCACUCCAUCCUCUCAGACCGCCACAACGCCGUACUUGGGUCGAUUCGGUGGCAGCAGAUUGACACCCGCGCCACGCUUCAGCCUGAGCUCGACCACCAAGGCCCCUCUUCGAGAUUACCUGGUGUACGGGAUUUAUCCGAAUAAAACGAUCGUGAGGAAACGGCCAGAGGACAACCUGAUCGACGCGAGGAACGUGGACAGCCCGUACGUGAUAUUCGGUAUCUUCCCGGACGGGAGGCUGGUCCGGAAAUUCCCGAAUGGAACUAUAAUACCGGAUCCACCUAGGAGCCCGGUCGAGGUUGUGUUCUCACUUAGCACUACAACUACCACUAACAGGCCACCACCCAGACCGUAUUAUAACCAGGCUAACCAAGGCACUUACAAUCAGUAUCGAGGCCCUGUGUACUAUAAUAACGGUAUACCUGUCGCUGAACCGAUGAGAAACGUCCAAAGUCCCGGCACCGUUGAUCUUGGCCUUACUGGUAACGCGAUCGUCGGCCCUAAUGGAGGUGGACCCGAUAAUACGGGGCCACUUGGUACCCCUGCUAGCACCAAUGAAAUGAGCAAUGCCCUGCUGAAUACGCAAAUGGGGACAGCAUCGGUGACGCCGAUAGUAAGUACUGGUCGACCGCCGACCGUUUUGCAGGGCGGUCGUAUCGUCCAAGAUCGAGAGAGGGACGAGGCCACCAGGACGAAAGAGGCCGGAGGUCAACGCAGCUCCGUGUACAUCGGACAGGACAAGUUCGUCAAUUAUUGGACCAAUGGGGCUUCCACCACUAACCCACGCGCUCUCAGUGUGAAUAUAAAUUCGGUAGCUAGUGCCGCAAAUGUGGGUCCAUCACCUUCGGUUCCAUCAUUUGAUAAUCUUUUGAAUAAUCAGCCAGGAAAUCAAGUCACAGCCCCUCCUGGAUUUCCAUGGAGAGAUCCUUUGGAUCAAAUCUUUGGUAUUACUACCUCCUCGCCGGUUAUAACCGCAUCAGUAGCAUCAAAUACGUUGGAUGACACAAUGGAAUCGAAUAAUCCAGCCUUGCCACGUCCAAUCAAUCCAUACGUCGAGGUUUUCACUCCAUUUUCUAGCGUGAUUGGUGUUCCAAGAGGCAAUAUAGGAACUAUUCCACCACCGCCAGUAACAACAUCUAUUACAUCAACAAUUCCUAUUUCUACUACUAGUAGCAGUACUACCACUACUACAUCAAUGACUAAUGCACCAAUGACAACAACCACAACCACAAUGGCACCAACAACUACUACUAGUACAACUACAAUGGCACCAACUACAACAACUACGAUGGCACCCACAACAACAACAACUACAACUACAAUGGCAUCGACGACAACUACGAUGGCGCCAACAACUACCUCUACUACUACUACAACAGCUGCAUCUACUUCAGAGCCUGCAACAGCAACACAAACGAAUGUACAAAUGAUGAAUUUAUUAAAUCGGCCACAGCAAAAUGCUUUUGGUACCUCGAUCGAUGAUUUAGUUUUCUUGAAUUCAUUGUUGCAGAAUGAUUCGCGAAACAGCACUCAGAGAACACUCACCCAAGUCGAACAGCUCUUAGCAAAUAAAAUCUUGUCUCUGGCAUUGAACCAAGCAGGACAAGGAUCAACUCGAGCGCCAAAAGCUAUAAGUAUUGAAAAUGCUACACCAAAUUCAAUUUUCGAAUCCGCAUCUACUUCGAGGCCAAUAGUGAUUGAUUUGUCUCCAUCGACCACUACAACAACCACGUGGAAGACUGCACAGACACAGAAAUCAACCGAUCAAAAAUCGAUAAUAAGUGGUUCGACACCCGAACAAUUAACUUGGAAACCAGUUAUAACCACGACCAGUAAAAAAGAUGUGGAAACAAAUACAGUUUCUACAUCGAGCACAGCCAAAAUUUCUCAAAUAAGCACUACUAAAGCUCCUGCAACCAUGAAGGUUAAAUCAGUGACCACUUCUCGACCUAGGACCACCACGACUCAAGCCCCAUUAGGCUUUGGCAGUCUUUUAUGGCAGACUCUUUUUGGUGGAGGUUUAUUCGCAUCAACGACGACUCCUAAACCUGUGAAAGCUAAGUCAGUAAAAACGACGCCAAAAUCUGUUGAUAUUACUCCAAAACCUAUUCAAACUACUCAGAAAUUAGAAACGAUAACUGUUCCUUCCACUACAACUUUGAAAACUGUGGACAUUUCGAAAAUUCAAGUGAGCAGUCCGAAUUCGAUCAUAGAAGAUAAGUUGGUAGCCUCGUCGAUUCCAAUAUCUACAACGAAGAAACCAUUGAUCAAUAAUCCAAAUCCUCGAUUGCCUAAUGUAGUGACGUCAACCUAUUCUCCCGAAGAAGAUGCAAAAUUCUUGGUUGAGCUUCUGCGUGCUGUUGAACAAGAUAAUAAGGCUGGUUCCUCGAAGAAGACAAAGUUAACUCAAGAUGAUGAAUCCUUCUUAAGAGCAAUUUUGAACGGUCGAGGUUUAACAACAACAAUGCCAUCAUCGACGACAGAAAUCAGUAACGCUGCUUUGUUGGCGGCUUUGUUAAAGGCCCAAGGAAUAGAACCAUCGACUCCCGCCACUAAUAUCAGGGAACAAUUGCAGUUGGCGGGCCUUGGGCAGAGUGUCACCGAGUCCACAGCGGCCAAGCCGGCGACAAUUACGACAAGGCCGGCAUCGAGUGGUGCAACCCGACCUACCGACACUACGAAAAAGACGGUGACACCGAGACCAACCUCGGCACCAAGGAUACGCACAACAACCUGGUCGCCGAGCUCCACGUAUCCACCAUCCCUCUUCAGCUCCUUCUCCAAUUACGGUACCCCGGUACAGUCGCCCGGUAGAGGCGAUAAUUCUGGAAAUAGCGCGUUAUUCGGUGCUACCAGAGCGUUCAGCCAAUUUCUCGGUGCCGCGAUAAGCGGAGCUGCUCAACAAUUGCAAUCGCUUGUCAGAAACGGCACCAGAAUUGUAUCCGAAGUGAUGGGAUAAAGGUGACGAAAAUAGAAUGGAAAAAUUACAAACAGUCCAUGGAAUAAAAGAAAUUAAUUCGCAAAAAUUUAUCAAAAUUUAGAAUGAUACAACAAAUGUGAUAAUUUAGAACGAUCUAAACGAGCCAAAAUAGUUUUAUUUCGAAAAAUGGAAUGAUAGCGAUAGCUUGGAUAAGUAUUCACUAUCAACUUACAGAGGUAUUUUUAGGAAAUAUUAUCGGCAGAUUAAGUAUUUACUUGGAAAUUCAUCGAGUUUUAUCCUGUUAUUACUUAUAAUUAUUGUUGAUCGAAUAUUUUAAUUUAAUCAAUCUAGCUAAUAGCGGGCAUGAUAAAUAUUAACUGUGACUUAAUAUUAAUUCUUAAAACACGGAGUUAUCUCGCUAUUUCAGUUUCAAAGAAAUUUUUAAUAACAUUCGAAAUAUUCUCGAAGGAUUAUAUCCAAACUUUCAUUAAGUUUUAAUUUCUCUCAUUCGCGUUUAUUCUCAAAAAUUCACUCGAUUAAAAUUCUUCCUUCAACUAGAAUCGAGCAACGAUCUCAAAAUGCUCCGUGUUUUAAGCGCGGAUACUAUCGUCAAAGAGACUUCCUCUGCAUCGACGAGAAAAAUCAACACUCGAAAAUGCUCGGAUCUGCGACGCGAGUACUGUCUCGACGCCUUGCGAACGUUUCAUGGGGGUAAGAGCCGUACGACUUCCCCCUCGUCCUCGACGGCUGCCUCUUUGAGACAUUCGUAACGUUCGUCGCAAUUAAGGUAAUUAAUCGGGAGAAGGGGACGACGCGCCUCGUCACGACUCGCGAGACAGUGACGAUCCGCGGCGUCCCACGUGUGAAACGCGGAUCGAUUUGCGGGGCCCACCCACAAAGAUCGACUUAACCACGACCUCGUCGACGAUACUGCUUAAGAGAAAGAAGAAGAAGAAGAAGAAGAAUAACAAGAGGAAAAAGAAGAAAAAGAAGAAGAAGAAGAAGAAGAAGAAGAAGAAGGUGGUAACUUAAACGUAUAUACAUAUCUGAAUGGGAGCGAGCAUAUGAGAAAGAAUGCGUGCACGUGUGUGUAUAUGUGUAUAAAAGAAAGAGAAAAAGUGAUAGGGAGCGUAGAAGAGAGAGCAUGACAUGAGUAUAUGCCACAGUGGCUCGCAUUAAUGUUUUGAGAUCGUGAUAUGAUGGAGAUUAUUGCUCUAUAUGUUCGUUUAUUACAAUGUUAUCGAGUUGAUAUUUAAUAUAACGUUAUAAUCUGUAGAAAUACAUUUAAUCCAGCUUUUGCAGAAUAAGCGGUAAAUUGAAUAACGAGGAUAGAUGAUAUCAUAAAAAUAUUCAAAUUCAGCAAAUUGCAUUACAUAUUUUUAAAAAUAUAUCAAUAUAGAUUAUAUAUCAUUAAAGAAACAAUUAAUUCAACUCAAUAUUAUUAUAAACAAAUAUAUACGCGGAGCAAUACUUAUUCGCGAAUACCUAUUUGCAAAGUGUCCAAACGUUAAUUCGAGCCACUAUAUGGAGAAGCGUGAAAGGAGCAAUGAUACGUAGAAUUCGCGAGCACCUUUCGCCGCUCUGGUGCGGUGCGGUUCCUUUUUUUUUUUUUUUCCCCUCCUUUUUACACGAUAAAGCUGGAAACGUGUGCACGAUCCUUGAGUCUUGUUUGUCUUUCGUUCGUAUGUUUGGUAACUCGGUGUGGUAAUGGUAGCGGUGAGUAAUAAGCUUGGUUAUUUAACGACCGUGUUAAGGGUUGAAACGUUGACGGGUAUUCCCCCUAUCGGACAUUUAUCGACGCUGCGUAUCCCGUUGCCACGAUGUCGCCGUACUUAUUGAUUUUUAUCGCGGAUAAAUAAUUUCGAUCGGUCGUAGAGGUUAGGUGGGAUUCCAAUUUUCCCGAGAUCCGUCUUUGUUUUCCGGCUUUUAGGUGUGUAGGUGUAAUCGAUAAUCGUAGGGCUCACGAUUUUGCGUUUGCGUUUGUAUAAAUGGAUAUGAUUAUAAUAAACGUUUCGGGAAACGUA